GCGGGUGUUACUUUUGCUAGUGUUGUUAUUGUGAUCGUGCGGGUCCACCAUGGAGGAGCUGAGCGCCGUCGGCGAGCAGGUUUUCGACGCCGAAUGCAUCCUCAACAAAAGACUGCGAAAGGGAAAGUUGGAGUUUCUGGUCAAGUGGAGAGGGUGGUCGUCCAAACACAACAGCUGGGAGCCCCAAGAGAACAUUCUUGAUCCCAGACUUCUGGCGGCCUUCAACAAGAAGGAACAAGAGAAGGAGCUUCUGAUACGGAAACGUGGUAAAAGGCCGAGAGGACGUCCACGCAAAAUACCCGAAACUGUUCUGGAGGCUGCAAAGUCCAACAGCUCUUCCUCCGGAACCUCCUCUUCAUCGUCCGAUUCCUCGUCUUCGUGUUCCUCCUCGUCCUCGUCCUCCUCGGAAGACGAGGACGAGGAGCAGCAGGCGAGCCCCGGAGUCCGAAUGCGAGACCUACACCCCAACCCCGUCCCCCAGAAGAAAGCGCAGAUUGUGGUGGCCAAGCAGGAGCCGCCGAAAAAACGCGGUCGCAAGUCUCUGAGCAAAGGCCUUCGGAAAAGCCUCAAGAAGGAUUCCGAUCUUCCGGGUGCCAUCAAGAAACCGGUUCACCUGGCCAGCUUCGCCUUCAUGGGUUUCCAUCGGGGCUCUGCGGGAUGUCCCAACCGCAGUCCCCCAACCCACGGGGGAACUUCCAGAAACUCCUUGAGCACAGUGGGAUCCGCCAGAUCAAUCCCCCCAUCCCCCGUCCCGCUGAUGAAAUCCAGCCCGGGCAGGAAUGUCACAGAGGGGAAAGUGCCCACCCCCAGACCGGAUUCGUUCAAACCGAGAGGCAUGGAGGCUUUCACCUCCAACACAACCAAACAGCACCUCCCAGGAUCCCCCCAGCGCACCACAAACUCCCCCAGUGUACAAAAGGCUCAUGUGCUACAGAGAAUAACAAACGCGAAAGCCAUGGCGGCCCAAGCGGCAAAGAACAUCACGACCAAUCAGCCUCUCAACCUUCACAACAAAGUCACGCAAGGCAACAAAUCGUCUGGUUCCGGUUCCAGUCCCGGUUCAGCUUUGAGAAACAAAACCAACCAAAACCAGGAAUACAAAACCCCCCAGAGUCCCGCUUCCCCGGGAGGAACCCGGAAGUCUGCCGCAGGCAAAGACUUGACGGAGAUCCAGACCUACAGGGGGAAGCUGGAGAAAGGCGAGGUCCAUAAAUCCGAGAACCACCUGGAAAGACCAGCUUGUAAAGACGGCAAGAUGAGCACAGGCGAGGACGAGAGCAGCUCCGAUUCAGACCGGGACUCGUCAGAUGCCGGCCGGGAGCCCUUGGCGGUGGUCCACAACCAAGACUGGAAGCCCACCCGCAGCCUGAUAGAGCACGUGUUUGUCACGGACGUCACCGCCAACCUGGUCACCGUCACGGUGAAGGAGUCACCCACCAGCGUUGGAUUCUUCAGCAUCCGGAACUACUGACUGGACCUCACAAACUUCACCUGACCAUUGCAUCAGGACCCUCCGUGAUUGUUGUAAUUUAUUUCCUUUUUUUUUUUUUUUUGAUACUACGAUACCUUAAGUGUGUUUUAAUCUGCCUCCACUGUAGUCCAAUUAAAAAUCUGAGGACCGAGGGUGUAGACAGCCCAACAGGACAACCACAGAUAGUUGCCAGAUGAACCUUGCUGCAUUUUUUCAGGCCGUUGGCAAGUGGGAAAUAUCUCAGUCGGAACUUACAGGGUCCCGCCUCAAAAUGUUCCAGUCAAAGUUUUGGGAUCUGACCGUCGGCUGUUGACGAAGAGACCAUGACACUCAACUGCAUUUUAAUCGCAAGUCACUGCAGUCCAGACCAGACCAAAAUGAAAUUAUUAAGGAGAUAGAAAGUAGAACAACAAUCCGAAGCUAGUCUGUGAAUCUCCCGCUUUGUUUGAGACCACCAGGAAAUCGUAAAUAUCUCUACAAGUUUACAAGCGUCCGACCUAAAAAGUUUCCAGUCCAACGUCGAUCAAAGAAAACAAUUCAACCAUCUGUGGUUUUAGCAAUCCACAAUAGGCCGCACCAAAUUUUUUGGGGGGACCAAUCAUGUGAACCGCUUUCUGCACUCAAGACCACUGGGGAGGUUGGAAAUAUUUCACCGGGGAGCUUCUACGUUCCAAGAUUUCAACUUCCCUCAUGUCUUCCCUUAUGUCUACAUCCAUUGAAGUUCUCUGGUCUUCCUCAAGCUCUCUUGCCUGGCAGGCACAAAAGCGAUAAAUGAUCACCAACAACUCGUUUUACAGUGCACCCUUAAGAAGCUGUGAACGAAGGCAAGCGCUGUGAAUACUUUCCGGAUGCACUGUUUGUGGUCUUUUUUGCUCCGAUUUUGGCACGUAGGAACGUCUUGGCCAUGCACUUUUUACCUGUCGCAAAUUUCCCGCUUCUUCGUUUUUCGUCGCUUUCAAUCGAUAGUUGACAUACUCGUCCUUGGAACUGUUUAGUAAUACGUCAUCUCGAGUGUUUUUUUGUAUGAGCUACCUCUGUUUUAUUUGGCUACUGUUUGCUUGCAUGUAAAUCCAGGGCGAACUCGUCUGCAAGUCUUAUUGCUGUUUCUCCAAAUAGGGUUGACAAAAUUCCAGACAUUUUCAAAGGUGGAACUCCAUGGAAGUCAUGGGAAGAAAAGGGAACGGACCAGGAAUUUACUAAAUAGGCAACUGUCAGUUUCGCAGGGCAAGGUGACGCAUGCUGAGAGACAGACGGAGUGUCUAAUCCUUUCUCAGAUAACACUUUUUCUACAUAUUCAGCAGAAAUUGUGUUCGGCAGGUCCCCAUGGGGGCAAGCGGUUGCACAAUAAAGCACCAGAUGUCUCUGGAGCCACUUGGGCUGUUUUGCUUUGUUUUCUGGCAGCUGCUGACAUCUCUUUGGGAUCCUUUUCACGGUGUGACGUAACACGAAACAAUGCCAGGCCCCCUGAGAAAAGGGGUCCGGCCACUCUGCGUUUUCACUCAGCCCUUCAGACUAAUCCGUUCAACCGAGCUGCUGUUUUUUUUUUUUUUAUACGGGACAGAAUGAUGAUGACCAGGCCAGAGGAGUGUGGAGAUGAUUGAAUGGACAAAUACAGGAACUUCAUCUCCGCAUCGUUUCCAAGUUGCAUCAAACAAUGAUGCUCAUGGACCGACUUUUUUAAUUGUUCCGAAGAAGCUAGAGGGGAAAAAAAAACGUUUUAUGUGCAUUUAGAGCAAUUAAACUUGUAAAACACAAAGGAGUAUCAGGGCUCAAAAUCGUAUGAUAGAAUUUAAAUUAAGACAAGUCUGAAUUUUUAAAAUUAAUAGUCAACCCAUGAAUAAUGAUACAGAUAUUUGAAAAAAUCUGCAAUAUAACACUUUAUUAUUAUUGAGAAUAGUCAUAUUUUGGGAAAGAACCUUUUCUUUAAAAAAAAAAAAAGUAUAGUAUUUUGGCAAUUAUGCACUUUUUUUGUUGCUUAGAUAUUCCAACCGUUUGGGGAUCACAUUGAUUAUGUCAUAUACAUAAAAACCACAUUAUCAGUGUUUAGCCUUUUUGCAAAAAAAAAAA